ACUUAGACUGCUUGUUUAGUCGCGUGCGUAGACGCGGAAUGGAAGUGGGCUCCUGGCUGCCUUUACGCUUAAUCCGAUAUCGGACGUUAAGUGACUGCAUUUCUUCUUGACAAAUAUUCAAGUGAUUUGUUGGAUACUGGAAUUUCUGAUACUAUAUUAGUUCCAGAACUGUCUAAGGUCCACAGAAGCCAUGGUACCAAUGAAAGAAGAAGUUUUUACGAAUUCGAGAAUCGGCAGUCCCUCUUCUAUCGCUUGGCUUUACCUGCUGGCUGAAUUCUUCAUUGGAGUGUUGCUGUCUACAACGCUUUUUUUUUUAGGGAUUAUCAAAUCACUUUUGCCUAAACCACCGCGAGACUUGACUGGCGAUAUUGUUUUGGUAACAGGUGCGACCUCACCUCUGGGCAGGUGUCUGGCCACGGAAUUUGUAAAAGUCGGGUGUACGAUUGUCUGCGUUGACCAUGACCUCGAGCUGGUGAGAACUACGGCCUGCGAGUUGGAAGCCAACUACACGGCGAUCCAGAGUCUUAGCCCGGAGCACAGGAAACAGGAUGUCGUCGAGUUCAAGAGCAGGGUCUUCGCCUACGCCUGCGAUCUUUGGGACCGAAACUCAAUUCGUAACGUUGCUCAGAAAGUUAGAGAUGAAAUAGGACAACUUGACAUACUUGUUACAUGCGCAGGUGACUCUAAUCAAAAUAUUCUCGACACCGUCAAUAAUACUCUGAUGAGUCACUACUGGACCGUUCUCGCCUUUCUUCCACUGAUGUAUCGUCAACAGAAGGCCCAUAUCGUGGGUGUGACACCUACAGCUUCUACAGACGACGCUUAUUUGGGCACCCGAGCUGCGAUCACUGGCUUGAUGGAAAGUUUGGGUCACGAGUUCGGAAGCAGAUGUGGAAAUUUAAAUUUCAUGACCGUCGCACCAAAGGCUGAUCCAAGAUUAAUUAGACAUAGCGAGGAGAAGGUUGCGUAUGACGUGGUUCAAGCGGUGCGUAGAGAUCAAUGCUGUCUGUCAGCUACCUGGUGCUCGGCAACGCUCUAUCGCGUCAGUUGUGCAAUCCACAAAAUAAUCACAAUUGUCACGCGAUGGAUUUAUACCCACGGAUGUGACGACCUCUAAAAACUAUAUACAUAUAAAUAAAAAUAAUAAAAU